CGGAGCGCGAGACACACACACAGAGAGGGAGAGAGAGAACUGACAACAGCUCUUCAGUGCGGCUGGAGAGGGGCAGCGAGCGAGGAACACACUUCAUCACACUUACUCCACAAACAAAGUAGGGGAACUUAUUCGAGCAGAAGUGCCAAAAGUGGCAAUGUCUUUCAGAAUGAAGACGGUCAAAUUUAAGACUGUGAAGAUAACCUUUAUGUGGGCCAAUUGAAGAUCAGUUGGGCAUCGGUAAAAGGAGUAAAGAUACAAUAAUUACAUCAAGCUAAACUUAUAACUUUCUUCAAAUCAGCAUGACAUCAACAUCCUAAAAAGAGCCUAUUUAUGAUAAACAAAAGCUGGUUUUGUAAUGAGGCCAAAGACAUUUCCAGCCACUUCCUACGCCGGAAACAGCCGUCAGAGACUGCAGGAAAUCCGGGAGGGGUUAAAGCAGCCCCAUAAACAUUCAGGACAAGCUUUAAGUAUUGGUCCUAAUAAUGAAACUCAGCUUGAUCCGAAAGCCACAAUUGGAAAGGAUGGUACCAGGCAACAGCAGAUGCGACCAGUUCCAAAAUUUGGGCCUUAUCAGAAAGCUCUGCGAGAAAUCAGAAACUCCCUUAUGCCAUUUGCCAAUGAGUCUGGGUCAUCCGUCAGUGCUGAAGUAAACAGACAGAUGUUUCAAGAAUUGGUGAAUGCCGGAUGUGAUCAGGAGAUGGCUAUCCGAGCUCUGAAGCAAACUGGUAGCAGAAGCAUUGAAGCAGCUUUGGACUAUAUAAGCAAGAUGGGUUACCUAGAUCCCAGGACUGAACAGAUUGUAAGAGUUAUUAAGCAGACAUCACCAGGGAAAGGUGUUGGACCGCAUCCUCUUAACCGCAGGCCAAGUUUUGAAGGAUCAAAUGACUCUUUGUCUGCCUAUCACCAGAUGAGUAAUCCAAUAUAUGAACUGGGAGAGACUGCAAAUGAGACUACAAAUCUACAUGGAGAAAUACCAAGGCAAUAUUCAAACACGCUCAACAUGAACUUUUUAGUUGCUACAGGACAGGGUAUGACAAUCAGUGCUCCAGUACAGAGGUGCUCUCCUAUAGGACCUCACUCUGUGCUUAGCAGUCAGAACCCUCCAUCUAAUGCUCUAUUCCCAUCCGCAACUCUUGAUAUUAAACUUCAACAAAAAACGUUUUCAGCAAAAGGUGAUGCUGCCCAGCCUCUUCAAAUGAUGAGUUACACGCUUCCAAACCACAGUAGCCAAUCCAUCUCACUGCAGGGCACCCAAGGGCCAACCAAUCCACAUUAUAUGAGGCAGCAUUUGAAAGCUCAAGGAGAAAACAGUGUGUCUUUAGGUUAUACUGUCCAAAGAAGCUCAUCUUUCCAAAACAAGAUGGAAACAGAUGGAAGUUAUGGAAGUCUUCAGAAUAAAGGACCUGUUACUCAGGCCAUGCCAGGACACACUUUCCAACAGCCUACAACCAUUCUAUAUCUGCCCCACUCCAAUCACAGACAGCAGAGUCCCACUUCGCCCCAAAUGCAGAUGAUGUCAAGCUUGGUUCCAUCAUUUGGAAAUGACUUUUCAGAACUCGCCCAAAAUUUGAUGACCUCUUCAAGAAAUAGCCUGAACAUGGACAUUUAUGAUAUCAACACUUCCCAGGUGCAACAUUGGCAAACACCAUCUCCAUCAAGGAGGGAUUCUUUGCAGAGCACUGGGCUGGAAGGCUUAUCAAGGCAGCCUAGUCAUCUCAGAGCAGACGCCCAGUUACCAAACCGAACUAAUUCAUUCAACAGUCAAUUGCAGACAUCGUCCUCAGUGAGACAGGUUCAGACCAACAAAGCAGAAUCAUCACUAAGUAUCACCAAUACAAUAACAACAGUAACCUCUGCCCCUAUUCUUCAGCCAGUGAGGAGUAUCAGAGUUCCCAGGCCUGAGCCUCAGACGGCUGUGGCACCUUCACAUCCAGGGUGGCUACAACAGGCUCAGGCGGUGGAUAAUACGGAUGUAAUGGAUCAGAAAUCAUUGACAGGAGGAGGAGCUGCAGCCUAUGUCUUUGAGCCUGAUGAUUACCCUAUGAAAGAUAGCCUACGUAGAUGCCCACCCCCACCGUAUCCCAAACACUUGUUGCUUCAGAACAGUGCAGAGCAGUUUGACACAAACUGUUUGUGUGUGGGUGUGGAGCAAGGUAUCCACGGUGUCCAUAGUUUGACCUGCAAUAAAACCGAGGAUGGCAGCAAUGAGAAAAAUGAGAAAAACGACAAACCACACAAAUCCGAAAAGACUGGCAAGGACAAAAAACGUAUCCAAACAUCUCCUGUGCCUGUUCGUAAAAAUAGCAAAGAUGAAGAGAAAAGGGAGUCGAGAAUUAAAAGUUAUUCCCCUUUUGCUUUUAAGUUCUUUAUGGAACAACAUGUGGAAAACAUUAUGAAAACCUAUCAGCAAAAGUUAAAUAGAAGAUUCCAGUUGGAACAAGAAAUGUCAAAGGCUGGAUUAUCUGAGGGAGAACAGGAACAGAUGAGGAAAAUGCUGAAUCAAAAAGAGUCCAACUACAACAGACUGAAACGAGCAAAAAUGGACAAGUCCCUUUUUGUUAAAAUCAAAACGUUGGGAGUCGGGGCCUUUGGGGAGGUUUGCCUGGCCCAGAAAGUGGACACCAAUGCUCUUUAUGCCAUGAAAACCUUGCGGAAGAAAGAUGUCCUGAGUCGAAACCAAGUGGCUCACGUGAAGGCGGAGAGAGAUAUUCUUGCCGAAGCUGAUAACGAGUGGGUGGUCAAACUCUACUAUUCCUUCCAAGACAAAGAUAGCUUGUACUUUGUGAUGGAUUACAUCCCUGGUGGAGACAUGAUGAGUCUAUUGAUACGCAUGGGAGUUUUCCAAGAGUCACUGGCAAGGUUCUACAUUGCAGAAUUGACCUUAGCCAUUGAGAGUGUACACAAGAUGGGAUUUAUCCACAGGGACAUUAAACCUGAUAACAUUCUGAUAGAUCUUGAUGGACACAUUAAGCUCACAGACUUUGGUCUGUGUACUGGAUUCAGGUGGACUCAUGAUUCAAAAUACUACCAGAAAGGGAGUCACGUCAGACAGGACAGCAUGGAGCCAAGUGAUCUCUGGGGAGACCUGUCCGACUGCAGGUGUGGAGACAGGUUAAAAACGCUCGAGCAGAGGGCUGCCCGGCAGCACCAGAGGUGCCUUGCUCACUCACUGGUUGGAACUCCAAACUACAUAGCUCCUGAGGUUCUACUUCGUAAAGGUUACACCCAACUUUGUGACUGGUGGAGUGUUGGAGUCAUUCUCUUUGAAAUGCUUGUGGGACAGCCUCCAUUUCUUGCUCCUACACCUGCGGAGACCCAAAUUAAGGUUAUAAAUUGGGAGAGCACACUCUGUGUUCCACCACAAGUGAAGCUAAGCCCUGAGGGAACCGAUCUUAUUGCAAAACUUUGUUGUGGAGCUGACGACAGGCUUGGUGGGAAUGGAGCGGAUGAAAUCAAGGCUCAUCAUUUUUUUACAUCUAUUGAUUUUUCUAAAGAGAUCCGCAGGCAGGCAGCACCCUAUUUUCCAAAGAUUAGCCAUCCCAUGGACACUUGCAAUUUUGAUCCCAUCGAGGAAGAAAACUUGUGGAACGACAGCAGUGACAGCAACAAAACUUCUGACACAUUAAUUAAUCACAUGAGUGGUAAUAAGCAUCCAGAGCACGCUUUCUAUGAGUUCACUUUUCGAAGAUUCUUUGAUGACAACGGUUAUCCAUUUAGGUACCCAAAGCCCUUGGACAAUGGGGAACCCAAACAUAAUCGCACAGAUUUGGACCGCAGAGAUUCUGUUGAUCGUAGUGAAAGUUAUCAGCCUGUAUAUGUUUGAAGGAAGUUUUGGGGGUAUUCCUUCCCACCCCGUGUUUGGAAUAGUACAAUCUACAAAAAUAAGAUCAAUGAUGAAAAACAGAAAGCACUUACCAUGUCUUAGUGGCAUAUUGUGCCUUGUACAUAUAAGUGCUGGGCUGCUGCUAUACUUUUUUUAAAAAAAACAUGUGAUAUUCAGAAUCAGCACUAACUUUUAGCAAAAAGAGUAGAACUAGACAACAAACUCCUGAAUACACCUAGAAUAUGUAGAUGGGAUUGCAAAUAUGUACGGAAAAGUGAAGGAAGUUAUGAAAAAUGGCUAAGUGCAAUAAUAUGUAAGUCAAUAUAUUAUGUUUUUAUAUAUAAUGCCAUUAGUAACUGUAAUACAAUACAAUGUAUGAUAUCUAUAAACAUUCUGUUAAUUUUAUAUCUAUAUUGAGAGGCCUGGAGCAAAUUACGUAACACUAAUGCUGCUUACCUUGUAUAUACAAUGUAUUUUUCAAUGUAAAGUGUGAGAAGAGUGAGUUUGAGUUAUGAAAAUUAUGCAUCGCAGAAUGCAUUCAGUAUAUGGAAUUCAUGCAUGAACAGGAUUUUCCUCUUUUUAGUUAAUCUAGUUAUGGAAUACGUUUUAAAUCACAGGCAGGUCCUGUGUAAAAUUGCCUUCAUUUAUUAAUUAAAAAGCUCAAGCUCUUUCUUGGGAAAUUUUGCAAGUCCUUGUCAUCAGUACUAUCUUUGAUUAUUUGAUUCAUGUCCUUAUGGUGGUUUCCAUUCUCAUGCUUUUUCUCUGUCCUCAGUAUUCAUACUUUCUUUAGGUGUUAUUAGUCCUACCAGAUAUCAUUUCUUCAGCUUUUCUUUUCAAAGUAAUAUGGACACAGAACCUUCCUCUGUUUCCUGGUUCUGUUAUCAUUAUGGACCAUUGACAAUGUGUGGUAGUAGUCUACAUAGGAAAUUAUUCACUGAGUUCUGUUUCCAUUGGCUGCUGUUUCAUAAUGUUGAUCAGAACAAACUAUUAUUGAUACUGCAUAAUACUGUACUUAUUUUUAGAAAAGUAUAAAAGAUUUAAGAAUGAAAAAAAAUUAAUGCAAAAGUCUUAAUAAGAUGAGUGAAUGAAUAUUAGAGAAGCAAAUCACAUAUUUCUUACUGGGACCUGUUACAUUUCAUUUAUACU